AUGUCGUGGCUACCGAAAAACCUGUAUCCGGAAGGCUCGGGAAUUGACUCAAAGACAAUCGAGGAUAUCGUCGUCCAGGACAUUAUCAAGAACGAGAUGACCCGGAGAGAGCAGCUUGAUCUCGCAACGGCUCUAACAGUUAUGCUUGUGGCUGAGGCUGCUGAUGAAACAACAACAAGCUACGAGUAUGAUGACGAUGAGGAGUAUGAGAGAAGAAAGAUAAUAAAUAAAGUUGAAGAAGAAGAAGAAGAAGAAGAAGAAGAAGAAGAAGAAGAAGAAGACGAUGAAGAGGAGGAGGAGGAGGAGGAGGAAGAAGACGAAGAGGAAGACGAUGAGGAAGAUGAUGAGUAUGCAGAUGUUUAUGAUUCAACGGAGGAUGGUUUAUAUGACGCAUUUGACGACGUGAGCUCAUAUGGCUCUCUGCGCUUUCUUGUCCUCGACAUGCCCGUUGAGAAUGCGGAACCAGAUCCCAUCACCAGGAAGCGAGCUUUAUCACGCGAAGAAACGCCAUGCACUCCACCGAGGAACCCGGCCAAGCGACAGAAGAUGGAUACAUCCGCAGUAUCAGAACCACCCAAACCACAGGAUUCGGGCACGAAGGAACCGUUGUCUCCUUCAGCCCGACCUGAGUGGCAACAAUACGGCGGAAAGGAAAUACCGAAAUCACUCAUUCCUAGAAUCGUCCGGUCAGCUCUCCUAGGCACUCCUCUGCACGCACUUCAUCCCGAGGCACAAUCGUUUCUCAUGGCGAUCAAUUUCGACCUCCCUGGCUCCAAGGAACUGGCAUGCGCCGUCAUCGACAUGGGCCUCAGAUUCUCCAAGACAGCCACGAGGAGUGAGUACAAAAUUGUAUUCAAGGAAUUACUCGAAAGCCAUGGCCGGAUCUCGAUGUACAAUAGCGCCCAUAACAACUUUGAGGUGCAGCAUAAGCUUUUCUGGCACAAGGUCAAGAAGCAUACCGGCAAGCCUGUGCCUCCUGAGCGAUUAGUAGAGCAUCAGGCGAGAAAACAGAGACGAAUAGCUGAAUCGCGCGCCAGAAGUAGGGCUUUACAGGCAGAGAAUAACGCGAAGAAACUGGCCCUUCAGAAGAAGUUGAAAGAGCAGUUUGCGAAGAAAAUGAGCGAAGGGGAGGCCAAGAAGUUACCUCUGGAUGAGAGGGUUAAGAAGUGGCUGAAGGAGAUUGUCCCGGUUCAGAAGAAAUAG